UUAAUAAAAAUAAGUGAGGGAUCGUCGGGCUGUUAAACAUUUUGCAUUUGAUUAAGGUUUAUUCCCUGAAAACAGCUGGCUUGAAGGUAAAUGUUCAACUUAAGAUCAGACCAGGACACAAUCUGUUGAUGACACACCUUUAACAGGAAAGUGAAAGCAGCCAGUGACCAGACUGAGUAGCAAUAUUUUAUAUCGUGACAAGGUUUGACGGCUCAGCUGAAAAAAGCAGGAGUUUAAGAAGAGAUGAUGAAUUGGUGAGUCUUAAAAGAACAGUAGAAGAAAUGGCUGAGAAGAUUGCUCUGUUUGAAAGUUACCUGAGCUGUAAUGUUUGUUCAAAAACGUUCAGAGAUCCUGUGUCUCUGAGCUGCAACCACAGCUUCUGUUCAAGCGGCCUGACACAAUUCUGGGAACAAGCUGGAAACAAGAACUGUCCCAUCUGUAAGAGAAAAUCUUUGGAGGAACAAAAAGUAGUGACUCAGACCAGAGCCAGAGCCCAAAGCUCAGUGUCAGAUCCACAGCUGCUCUCAGGAGCAUUGAUAGAUGUGGCCAAACACCUGGGCAACCUGUCCUUCAGAGUCUGGGACAAGAUGAAGGACAAGGUCCACUUCAGGCCCGUCAUUCUGGACCCAAAAACUGCACAGACACACAAAGCGGCUUAGCGCUCUCUUUUGAGUUUUUUUCAUAUUCAGCUCUUUAUUUUGAAAACCUGAUUGGAAGUGCUAAGCUAACUUCAAGGCACGACGUAGUUAAAGAGGUGUUAAACGCAUUGAAUAGAAUCAGGUAGUGUAGUGGCUACAGGACCAAGGAUGACAUUUGGGGCCGUAUGAGAUUUAGGCACACGGGACUCAAUAUGCACAUUAAAGGUGAUGGGGCAAAAUGAGACAGGGCAGUGUGAGUGUGGUGAGACAUUGGAGCAUGUGAUAUUACAUUGUCAUUUAUAUAGUCGACAAAGGAGGGAAAUUAUCAAUUUUCUGAACUCAGAAUAUUGGGCUUGAGGCUCGGGGUGGUGGAUGUCAGCAGUAGAGCAAUUUUUUGUUUUUUUUAAGGAGACAGGAUUAAAGAGGAGAAUAUAGUUUUUUGGGGUUCCUCUUGUUUGUUUGAUUGUUUGUUUUUUUACUCCAAUAAAUAGACAAUUUGUAGCAACGCCAUAAAAAGCCUAGUAGGUGGCGGUAGUGCACAACUUACAGACCGAAAUCUGCCAUUAAACAAGAAGCAGAAGAAGAAGCGCUACGUUAGUGUCGGCGAAUCAGCGCUAAAGGUAAACAGUUCCAUUGUCUUUGCAGGACAUAUGUGAUAGUUAUGAGGAGUGAUGGACAACCAGACAGCAAAUAGGAACCAGCCACCCUGUCAGUCAUGGUUGGGCCAGAAUGUCUGGCCUACACCUUCUACUCAAGGACCUUUUCUCAACAAACCAACUAACACGCAGCAUCUCAGCACCGGCUUGUCUUCUUCCCAGAGAUCCUUCUUCGACCCCCUCCAGGUGUCGAAUCAGAACUGUGUCAGCGAGCUCAACUCCAUAUUAUCAGGAAACCUCCAUCAAUCAAACCUAUACAAAGCUCCUCACAUCAGCAGUGGCCCAUCGUCCACCACACUAUUUACUAACUGUUCUAUCCCUAAUACCUCCAACAUUAUGUCUUUUAAUCAACACACUCCAUCAAUGCUCCCAACUCCAAGCAAAGGAAAAACUGUACCCACCAAAUCUCAUUCCCAACAAAACCAAGGACUACAGCCCCAACAUUUACCUUUUCAUUCAUCUCACAACUCGUAUAAAGCAUCUUUUCAACUUCCAGUAGAAAAUCAGAAUUUGCCACUUGGACUUCAAGAUCUGUCCACAUCUCUGCCAUCAUGUGGACAACGUCUAAAUAGGCCUCAAGCUUCUUUUGAACAAGCACAUGUGGACUCUGCUCUUUUUUCUGGCUCUACGUUUGGGAAUGCCUUAUCUUCAUCUGAGGAGCAGCCUCAGUGGACGCCUACAUCACACAGUAGGAGAGUUGGAGUUAGGUCUGUUCCCAAAGCAGCUGCUCAUGUAAACAAAAAACAAAAGGUCAAUGUCACUCCACAGUUCCACAGUGAGAAACGACGUUCAGCAAUUUUACAUCAGCGUGCACAGCUACUUAAACAAUUGGCAGAGAUGGAUAAACUUCUGAAGAAAAUUCCUCAAGAUGACAGCAGCAAUGAGGAAUCUGCACCUCAUUUAGCCAAUCAGUUACUUCCUGAAGAAGAUUGUUUAUCACCUGAUUCUUGUGAUGAGCGAGAACCGGAGGAGACUUCUGAUGUGCCAGACAAUCAGCCUUUUUCAGGAGAAUCAGAGGAAAAUGACAUUGGUGAUGAUGAUUUCCCAUCUGACAGUGACAGAGACUCAGCAGAUGAAUCCAGUCACAGCUGUUCUUCCACCUUUGAGGGUGAAACCCCUCCUCAGCCAGCCAAAAAGCAGCCAACACCUGGAAGGUCUUCACACAAUGACAAAAAUGCCAGUCCUGUAGCUUGUGCAAUUCGUCCAAAGCCCUCCGAGAUUGUAGUGUUGCAUUCAGAUGUGAAUGAAAGUCGUUACAGCAAGAGGAAUUACUGUUUGUUCUGCUCUCGGUUAGUAACUAAAAUGGCACGACAUUUAGAGAACGUUCACAGUGACAGAGCUGAGGUUGCAGUUGCGUUUCAGUAUCCAAAAAAGUCAAAGGAAAGAAAGAUGAUAUGGAACAAGCUUAGAAACGAAGGGAACUUUGCACACUACAAAGAAGUACUAAAAACUGGGAAAGGAAAACUUGCUGUACGAGUAAGACCAAAAUGGCCAUCGAAAGUCACAGACUAUAUUCAUUGUCUUUACUGUCGUGGACUUUUUAGCAAAAAAUGUAUGUUUAGACAUAUGAAGACUUGCUCAGAGAAUAAGAAUGAAAAUGAACCUCGGCUAGGAAGAUUGUCUAUAGCUAUGCGGUGUGUGCUGGAGGCUUCAGAAAACAUUGAAAUGAGUGACGGUCUAAGGAAGGUUCUCUGUGGGAUGCUGUAUGACGACGUUACUCAAACCAUCAUAAAUGACAAGAUUAUUUUGCAGUUUGGAGAGCAAAUGUUUGGUCACUACAGCACCGAUGCAAAGAAGAAUGGCUACCUCAAACAAAACCUUCGUCAUUUAGGAAGACUUGUGCUCGAAGCUGCAAAGACAACCCCCCUGAAGAACCUGGAGGAAUUUUUCUGCCUCUCAAGCUUCCGACACGUGAUGUCUACAGUGAACGUCCUGGCAGGAUAUGAUGCCGAAAGCAAAACCUACAAAGUUCCUUCCCUGGCCCUUAAGCUUGGCUACCACCUGCAGAAGGCCUGCAGCAUUGUUCAGGAAAAUGCAGUGAAGAGUGGUGACGACAACAUGGCAGAAUCUGCACGACGGUUCCUCUCUGCGUACAAGAAGAAGUGGAAUAAACUUGUUUCUGUUGGUGCACUAUCGACUUUAAGGGAAAGUAAGUUGGUUACAGAGGCUCAGAAUGUUCCAAAUGUCCAAGAUGUGAAGCGCCUGUUUUUCCACAUUGAAAAUGAUGCUGUUCUCAUUGAGAACAAAUUCAGAGAGACGCCUUCAACUAAAAACUACUCUGCUCUUGCAAAAGUAAUACUUGCUCAAACAAUCCUUUUCAACAGGAGGACCGGAUUAGAGGUGUCCUCAAUGAACGUAGCACAGUUUGCUUCUCUCAAAAAGUCAGAGAUCGUUGAUGACAUGGACAUAACUGUAUCGGAUUUGGAAAGGACCAUGUGUGGCUUCUUCAGCAGAGUUGACAUACGAGGAAACACUGGAAGAAUUGUGCCCAUUUUGCUCAAGCCAUCAUUUGUGUGCGCUUUGGAGCUCCUCAUCAAGGUUCGUGAGAAAUGUGAGGUCCCCAGCCAGAAUGAAUACCUGUUUGGACGCCCCCACACGCUGUCUGCCUACAGCGGGGCAGCAUGCAUCCAGAAUUAUGUGAAGGAAUGUGGACUCACAAACACCAAGGCCUUGAUGCUGCGAAACAUACAGAAGCAUUAUGGAACAAUGCUGCAGAUAAUGUCACUGAAUGAAGAAGAGGCCUACCAGGUUCUAGGCCCCGACAAUCAAGUCCAAGCUCUUCGGCAGAAUAUCAACAUGCGGCUGGAUGAUGAAAUUGGCUCCCAAAAUAUGGCUGAGCAACCGUCCAGUAACCAGUACCAGACUCUUCAUACAAAGGCUGUCAAAUUCCAGAACAACGGCUCCCAAAUCAAGGACAAACGUAAAUGGGAGGAAUCAGAAGUAAAAGCUGUAGAAAAACACUUGAUGCGUUUCAUCCAAGAACACAAGGUGCCUCAGAAGGACGACUGCCUGGCGUGUCUGUCGGCUGAGCCAGGCGCACUGAGGAAACGCACGUGGAAAGCUGUAAAAGACUACGUGAGGAACAGGAGCAUCACCUUACAAAGACAAGGCGGCUUUCCCAAGGCUUCGUCUACUAACAGGCCUCAGCAAGUGAAACGACGCCAUGAAACACGACACACAACAAAAACCCGUAAGACAGCACCUUCAGGAUCUGCCAAACCCAAGGAAAAAGGCCCCAAAAAGAAGGACAAACAUAAAUGGGGGGAAGAGGAGGUUCAGGCCGUGGAACGACACAUGAUGCGUUUCAUUCGAGGACACAAGGUGCCUCAGAAAGACGACUGCUUGAAGUGUCUUUCAGCUGAGACGGACGCGCUAAAGACACGUACGUGGAAAGGAGUGAAGGACUACGUCAGGAACAGGAUCAUCGCCCUGCAAAGAAUUGGCAGCUCCUCCAUGACUUUACAUACAAACAGUACAAACACGAACAGGCGUCAGAAAAUGAAACAAACACAGAAGACACCACGAACAAGACAGGUCAACGUAACAGCACCUUCAAGACCUGUUACAUCCAAGGAUACAGGCUCCACAAAUAAGGACAAACAUAAAUGGGGGGAAGAGGAGGUUCAAGCCGUAGAGAGACACAUGAUGCAUUUCAUCCAUGAACACAAGGUGCCUCAGAAAAUCGACUGCUUAAGGUGUCUUUCAGCUGAGCCGGAGGCGCUGAGGGCACGUACGUGGAAAGGUGUGAAGGACUACGUCAGGAACAGGAUUACAUCACUGAAAAGACAGGGAGAUUCUUCCUGGGCUUCGUACUCACACAGUUACAUAGUCGAACAAGCAGAAUCACAUCUCAGCACCUUAUAUUAUCAGCAGCUGUAAUAGAUGUGAUGUCAACAGAUGUGAUAUAUAAACUUUAUGCAGUUUG